AUGGAAGAAGGUAACGGAUUCAAGUAUGUUUGUAAGUUGUGUCCGAAAAGCUUCCCUUGUGGUAGAUCUUUAGGAGGUCACAUGAGGUCUCACAUGAAUAAUUCAGCUGAAACAGACGAGAAAUUCAUCAAGAAGAAGAAGCUUGAACCAGACAACAAUGGCUGCUAUAUUCUCAGACAGAAAACCAAGAAGAAAUGGAGUAGAUUGUCGUUUUUUGGUCACAUGAAGUGUUAUUCAUCAGACAAUUCUGGUUUUAGAUCCGAAACCAGAAAUAGAAGAAGAACAAGGUACGACGAGGUUGUCCCUGAAAAUUCAUCUUCCAUGUCUGAGAUGGAGCAAGAACAACAACAAGAGGUUGCUUUGAGCUUAGUGAUGCUUUCCAGAGGUACGGGUCAAUUGGCUUCCAUGGAUGAAACUUGUGCAAAUAGCUUGAAGAAGAUAGAAUCAAGCAAAAGAAAGUUCCAAUGCAGUGGUUGUAACAAAGAUUUUGUGUCUCACCAAGCACUGGGAGGCCAUAGAGCCAGCCACAAAAGAAUCAAUGGCGCCUGUACUCAAAAUAUUACUAGAAAGCUUGUGGAGGAAGAUGAGUCUUCACUGGUGGGACUGGGCCCAUAA